AACUUGUUCAUCUUUUUCCUUAAAUUUCUCAAAGUUUGUUGCAUCACAAUAUUGCUUGUUUUGGUGCACAAGGAAUAUUUUAAUAUUUUUAAGCAAAAAACUGUUUUUUAAAUUAUUGAAAGUUUUCUGUAAACAAGUACUUAUCCAGAAACAGUUUCAAGGAAAAAAUCGUCAAAUCGUCACUUUGCUAUUUUUGAAACGAAGAAUCGUCAAAUCUGGCAGCUAUGUUUACAACCCAGCCAUAAAUUGACAGUUCACAGCUGCUGAGGGAGAGGAAGUAAUUAAAAGAACCUACUUAAAACACUUCAUUUGAAAAAGCAACAAUAUGGCUAUGUUAGCUAAAACAUUUGGACGCACAUUGAUGCAAGGCCUACAAACUUCGGCUGCUCGUUCUAUUCAUACUACAGCUGCUGUCAAUUCGGAUCCUGGUGUACAUGGUGGUAACCGAACCACUUGCACUCUCAUCCCUGGUGAUGGUGUUGGUCCCGAAUUGGUCUAUGCCUUGCAAGAGGUUUUCAAGGGUGCUGAUGUCCCUGUCGAUUUUGAAUCUUAUUUCCUUUCCGAAGUUAAUCCCGUGUUGAGUGCUAAAUUGGAAGAUGUUGUGGCUUCUAUUCAAAAGAAUAAAGUUUGCAUUAAGGGUAUCUUAGCCACUCCCGAUUAUAGUGUAGCUGGUGAAUUGCAAACUCUCAACAUGAAACUACGUAACGAAUUGGACUUGUACGCCAACGUUGUACAUGUACGCAGUUUGCCCGGUGUUAAGACACGUCAUAAGGACAUCGAUACCGUUAUUAUUCGUGAACAAACCGAAGGUGAAUAUUCUGCCUUGGAACAUGAAUCGGUGCCCGGUAUUGUUGAAUGUCUUAAGAUUAUCACUGCCAAAAAAUCUAUGCGUAUUGCCAAGUUUGCAUUUGAUUAUGCCACCAAAAAUGGCCGUAAGAAGGUUACUGCCGUACACAAAGCCAAUAUCAUGAAAUUGGGUGAUGGUUUGUUCUUGAAGUGUUGCGAAGAAAUGGCUAAAUUAUAUCCACGUAUACAAUUUGAGAAAAUGAUUGUUGAUAAUACAACCAUGCAAAUGGUAUCGCAUCCUCAUCAAUUUGAUGUUAUGGUUACUCCCAAUUUGUAUGGUAACAUUGUUGAUAACUUGGCCACCGGUUUGGUGGGUGGUGCUGGUGUUGUAGCUGGUGCUUCUUACUCCUCGGAAACUGUAGUAUUUGAACCUGGUGCACGUCACACUUUCGCCGAAGCUGUUGGCAAAAAUAUUGCCAAUCCCACCGCCAUGUUCUUGUGCGGCACUAAAAUGUUGCGUCAUAUUAAUUUGCCAUCCUACAGUGAAAGAAUUCAAAGUGCCCUUCUACGUGUACUUAGCGAUGGUAAAGUGAAAACCAAGGAUGUGGGUGGUCAAUCUACAACUCAAGAUUUUACACGUGCCGUUAUUGCCAACAUUCAAUAAAAAGCUUACAACUAGAACCGACAAUAAAAGUUUCUAAUGUUGCUUUGGUUUACUUACUUUCCUUUACACCGACCGACAGACAACAAAAACUCAAAAAUACACACAACACCAAAUAUUAAGUUAUAUUAUGAAGAAAAGAAAUGUAAAUACAAAUGGCCAACAAUUAAGUUAUAACUCUUAAACAAAUUGCUAUUUGUUUUAAAGUUUCUUACUAGUGAAAAGAGAAAAAAAAAACUAAGUUUAUUGUUUUAUUUGAUGAUUAUUAAUUUAAUUAAUUUUUAAAUCCUUUGAGUAUUAAUUUGGCGAAUAUUUUAUUUAAUUCAUUUAUUUCUUUAUUAAGUUUAGUGAAUUGUAUUUAUGCUCUUGUCCCAUAUGUCCUCCGUUUAGUAUCCACAUCAAAUGUAUUGUUUAUUUUUAGUUUUUUUUUGACCCCCACCCUCCUACUUAUACUCGCCCCUUAUUAUGGUAGUUGUGCGAUUUUUAAUUAUUUGUUAAAAUGAAAACAAUUUAUUAAAAGUGCGUUAUGUUAAGAAAAUUAUUUAUAUUAUUUAUAACGUACUGUAGUUAUCAUACAUAUAAACAAUCGUCUCAAAUUGCAUGCAAACACUAUAAUAAACGUAAAACAACUAAAAUGUAAUAUGUUAUAACAACAAAAAA